AUGCCUCGUGGGAAUAAGCGAGUGAGUGCUAUAAACUCAUCACCAAGAGGAGGUCGACCUCGUGGAAGAGGUGGCCGUGGUAGAGGUCGUGGAAGAGGAGCAUGGAGUGCUUCUCCAGUCUACGACAACAAGUCGAUAGGAAGACCGGUUAAUGUUGACGAGGAGGAGGAAGAGAAACGUAAGAGGCGAGCCGAAAGGUUUAAAGAAGACCGUUGGCGAACCCCGGUCGGAUCGGGUCCACCGGCUUUCGCCAUGUCGUCAAAUAGAAGACAGGUCUCUAAGUAUCCGAAUGCAGAACGAUUUUUAAGAGACUACCUCAUAAGACAAGCAACGAACAGAAGAGACGUCGCAAAAAUUAGGACACUGCCGAGAUAUAUAAACAUACCAAAGUCCGGGCCGCGACAUCGAGCUCACGACUUCUUUAUCAACCUUCCCUACCUACAACGACUAUCAGAUUAUGGCAACGCGGAAUUUAUAAUGAAGGCAGAACUGCAAGCACAAAAAGCAGAAUUAUCAGAGAUAAUGAAGUUCAAGGGACCCCAAGGCCCACAAGGACCACAACUCGAAAUUUCUGCAGAAGGGUCGCCUAUACCCGUUCAUGCAAGGAUUGCUCGGCCAUUGCUAAUUAGGACUGACUCAGACAUUGAAAUGGCAGAAGCUGGGCCGCUUUCAGAAUCUCCGACAACAGUAUCAGCUUCAGCCAUCUUUCCCCAAAUUUCUUUGAAGAAAGCGAAUGCGUAUGGUAUGGUCGAUGGAAUAAGAGAGGACCUGUCUCCUAUGGACGUUGAUGAGGAUUAUCUUGGGAGUCUUUUGAGAGCUUCAGCGCGAGCAAGAAGAACAUCUUUAAAUGCAAAUACGAAUACGAGAAGACCAUCGAGAAGGGUGAGCUUCACCGGCACUCAGGAACUUAUUGAUUUUAGAACAGGCAGAAGUAAGGAAACAAUGGAGUCGCCAUCGUCAAAUCAGCAAUUCGAGGCGACGGUCAUUACAGAAGAACCAGAAGAUAUCGAGGACAACGAAGCAGUUCCGGGCACUCCGGGUGUUAAUAGUAGCCGCACUCUUUCCUUAGAUGAUAAACACGGAAGUUCAAAAGCUGCGUCACCGAAACUGAAGCGAGCAACAAUACCAGACAGCCUAAAUCCAAUGGUCUUCAAUAUGCGCACGCGGACAUAUGCGGGCUGGGCGACAAACUCUUGUGCUCUUUCGGAUUGCCCGUUCCAUGCCCACAAGCAGCCAAAAUGGGAGAGAUUAUACCAAGUGGAGCACAUCCGAGAUGUUCGCGCCACGUUAUACUCAUUCAGCAAGGGCGGUGCCUGCAACUGA